AUGUCUUCUCCUAUCUUUGGCCAGUUUUCCCCCUGGGCCAGAAGACGGUCGUCUACCGUCUCCAAUCACUCUCAGGACCACCCCGAAGACCAAACCAUAACCUCAACCCCCCCAGAGCCAAUACCAACAUCCCAGAACCACAACAACAACAACAACAACAACAACAACAACAACAACGAUGCAAGGUUUCUUUCCUCCUCUGUCGGUUCAGUGAGCCAUCGUGAGCCUACAAGAUCCUACAUUCAUGGUUCAAUCAGGGACCCAGCCCGCCUCGAAAACAUCCAGUCAGCCCGCUCCGUCCGCGCUGACACGGCCGAACUCGCGGAUUACUUCCUAUCAGACAAGAAAGACGGACGCAGCGCCUCGUUCCUCUCCCGAGCACGCUCUCUCUCGUCAUCGGCUCGACCCGAUCACGCAAUCACAGGUGGUAGUGGUGGUGGUCGCAACAACAACAACAACAACAACAACAACAACAACAACAACAACAACGAACCAGGCGUCACCAACAAUAACAAUAUAGCAAACGACCUGCUCGGCGCAUCAAUCUCGGCCGAGACCAUAGAGGAAGUCUCUGAGCCGCCUUCGCCGGAGCCGUUGGAUGAUAGCGCCGAGGUUGACUCUGGAGAGGGGCCUUCGAUGAUUGCUGCUAUGCUGAGGAGGUCGCCGCCUGAGGAGAGGUAUUUGCUGCCGCACCAUAAGGAGGAUCAGAUAAGGGAGGAUGAUGUGGUGGAGGUUACGGGGGAUGAGGAUGAGGAUGAGGAUGGGGAUGAGGAGGAUGAUUUGAGCAGGCUGUCGACGAAUGAGCCACGGCCGUUGCUGUCGAGGUGGGGCGCGGAGGAGGAUGAGACAUCGCCGUUGAUGGUGUCGAGGUCUAGGGAGAGUAGGAGGAGCUAUGGGAUCAGCAAUGGGAGGAAUGGGAGUGUUGAUUUGGAGAGCCAGAAGGGGCCGUCGAGGACGGGGUGGCUACAUAGGACUGUUGACUCUGUCAAGGGGGGUAGGGGAAAGGUUGCUAGGGGGUUCAAGAGUUGGGAUCGGCAUGCGCUUUGGAAGAAUGUUGUGGUUGCUCCUGUGGCGUGCCUGCCGGCGGUGGUGGUUGGGUUGUUGCUGAAUAUUUUGGAUGCAUUGUCAUAUGGUAUGAUUUUGUUCCCGCUGGGAAGUCCAAUUUUCGCCAAUUUAGGAUCGGCGGGUAUUUCCAUCUUUUACGUGAGCACAAUCAUCUCGCAGUUGACAUUCUCGACUGGGAGUAUUUUCAGGGGCGGAGUCGGAUCUGAAUUGAUCGAAGUUGUGCCUUUUUUUCACAACAUGGCUGCCACCAUCACCACUUUGGUAGGCGAGGACAAGCCUGAUGCCGUCAUUGCAACUACAAUCACCUCUUACGCCCUCAGUUCGAUGCUUACCGGAACUGUAUUCUACCUCAUGGGCAAGUUCGAGUUUGGGUAUAUCGUCGGUUUUAUCCCCCGUCAUAUCCUGAUCGGCUGCAUUGGUGGUGUCGGUUGGUUCUUGGUUGCCACUGGCUUUGAGGUCACAGCGCGGAUGGAUGGCAGUCUGAACUACGAUCUUGAAACCGUGAAGAAGCUUGCGCAGGCUGAUACUGUCCCACUUUGGAUCAUUCCUUUGGUGCUUGCCAUUGUUCUGUUUUGGGGCCAGUCCAAGAUCACAUCCAAGUUCUUCCUGCCGUUGUACAUCCUCGUCAUUCCUGCUGCGUUCUACGCGGUUGUCUCGAUGCUUGGGGCUGUGGAUACAGAGAGUCUGAGAGGGAAGGGCUGGGUGUUUCAGGGGCCUCCUGAGGGUGAGCCGUGGUGGUAUUUCUGGACGCUUUACAAAUUCCACCUGGUUGACUGGAGCGCCAUUGUGCAGUGUGUCCCCGCCAUGUUCGCCCUCACCUUUUUCGGAAUCUUGCACGUCCCCAUCAACGUCCCAGCGCUCGCACUCAAUGUGGGGGAGGAUCAUGCUGAUCUUGACCACGAGCUCAAGCUUCACGGCUACUCGAACUUCCUCUCUGGAUGCGUGGGCAGCAUUCAAAACUACCUCGUCUACGCCAAUAGCUUGUUCUUUAUGCGCUCAGGCGGCGACAGUCGGCUGGCAGGUUACAUACUUGCCGCCCUUACCUUUUUAGUCAUGAUGAUCGGACCUUCGUUGAUUGGUUUUAUUCCCAUCAUGAUGGUUGGUGUCCUCAUCUUUGAUCUUGGGUUUGAGUUGCUGCUGGAGGCCGUGUGGCAGCCGAGGAAGAAGCUCAAGCUGCUUGAAUAUCUUACCGUCAUUGCUAUCGUGUUGAUUAUGGGUAUCUAUGAUUUUGUCGUGGGUAUCGGGGUUGGUAUCUUGCUGGCUUUUAUCUCGUUGAUUGUUCAGGCUUCGAGGGUGCCGGCUGUUCGAGCCAGUUAUUCAGGAGAGGUGGUUGGCUCGACAGUGAGGAGAAACCCUACACAGCAACACUACCUGCGCCAGGUUGGUCGCCAGAUCAACAUCAUCAAGCUUUCGGGGUAUUUGUUUUUCGGCACCAUCGUCAGCGUCGAGGAGAAGAUCAGACACCUCAUCACCGAGGACCAGUUCAAGAAGCGGCCUAUCAAGUUCCUCAUCUUGGACCUAUGGCUAGUCACUGGGUUGGAUUACUCGGCCGGCGAAGUCUUCAACACCAUCAGCCGCCUCCUCAACGGCAAGGGCAUCGAGCUCGUCAUCAGCGGUGUUGGGCCCGAACGUUCCUUGGGCCGCUCCCUCCGCGCGGUCGGGUUGGGAGAGGACGGGAUUGAAGUAAAGUUCCUCCCGGAACUGAAUUCAGCCCUGGAAUACUGCGAGAACGAGCUUCUCAAAACCCUCUAUGCCAACCAGCAAGAGGAGGAGCAGCAGCAGCUCAUUCAGCAACAGCAGCAGCAACCCUCACCGAGACCUUCGGCAAACUUGGAUGUGCCUUCUAGUCUGGGCCCGCAUUUUUCGUCUUCUGACCUGUUGGGGUCGUCGCCGAGGAGGUCUCAUCUGAGAGAAGCGGCCAAGAACUCUCUUGGCACGAUGGAAGUACGCAAAAAACUCACGAGAUGGCAGUCUUUCAAAGAGCCGCUGCGUCUCAUCCUCCGCAUCUUCCAAGACGUCUCGGAUAAAAACGAGGACUUUUGGUUCCGGGCUGUGGGGUACUUUCAGAGAAAGGAAUACGCCCACGGAACGGUCCUCUUCAAAGCAGGGGAGCAAGCAGAAGGGUUUUACCUGCUGGAGUCGGGGAUUUUGAGGGCCGAGUAUGAGCACCCUCAGGGGAUGCUGUACGAGAGUAUCGUCGCGGGCACCACGUGCGGGGAGCUGCCGUUUUUCAGCGAGACGAACAGGACGGCGACGUGUGUGGUGGAGAGCGAGGGGGGUGUGGUGGUUUGGGUUAUGGACCGGGAGGGGUGGGGCAGGAUGCAGAGGGAGGAAGCGGAGGUGGCGAGGGAGCUGUUGAGGAUUAGCCUCAAGUUGACGAGCGAGAGGAUGGGGGUUAUUACAAGUUAUACGCUUACUAUGGCUGGGUAA